GUUUAGUUCUCACAACAAUGUCCUCUGAAAGGUAUAACCAUAAAUAAAAUGUAUGGUUUAACAUUGGUUGAGAAGUUUAGCUAUCUUUCAGGGUUUUGUCUAAUUUUGUUUUCGUUCUAAUAUGUGUAACAUGUUUGUGCUCACUCAUUUCUAAGGUUAAAAUUAGUUAAACCGUUGAAAACAAUGUCUUAUUGGAGGCUCCACCUUGUUUCUUGGAACUUUUGUAAACUAUAAAUAAUAAGGCUUCCUCUGUUUUUUCUCACCUCACUUUUUCUCUGCACUCUGUUUCUCAAACCAAGCAAGGACGAUGGAAGAGCCGCAAUCGAAGCCCGAAACUAUCCCUUCUUCGGCUUUGGUUGUGGCUGAGGUGGCUCCGGUUGUGGAUGAAGUGCCCUUCAACGAUGCCGUUGCAAAGGAAGCUUCUGGAGCAGAGGAGUCCAAAGAUACCCUUGUUAAACCCGAGAAUACAGAAGUUCCAGAAAAAAAACAAAGCUCGAAAGGGUCUCUUGAUAGAGAUGUCUCUCUGGCUGAAGUAGUUAAAGGGAAAAAGUUGUCCUAUGUGAAGGCAUGGGAAGAGAGUGAAAAGGCCAAAGCAGACAACAGAGCUGAAAAACAUUUCUCAGCAAUUGCUGCUUGGGAAAGCAAAAAGAUGGCAGCUCUUGAAGCUGAGUUGAAAAAAAUAGAGGAACAACUGGAGAAAAAGAAAGCAGAGCAAGCUGAAAAGAUGAAAAACAAGAUGGCUUUAGUUCACAAGGAAGCAGAGGAGAAGAGGGCAAUAAUUGAAGCCAAGCGUGGAGAAGAGAUUCUCAAGACAGAAGAAAUGGCUGCAAGAUACCGUGCAACAGGAACCACUCCAAAGAAGACCGUAGGCUGCUUUUAAUUUAUCUUUUUGCCUUUUGGUCUGACGAAAUUUGUAAUAGUUUCACCUCUCUUGUUCUCAAGGUUGUCUAUGUGCAAUGAUUCUUCCAAAGAAGAAAAAGAAAACCAAAGUUUUGUAAAUGCCUCUUGUUUUUAUCAUCUAGCUUGGGGUGAAAUGUUCAAUGUAAUGCUGUUU